AUGAGUAGAAGAAAGAGACUCACGCCUCAGGAGUUGGAGAGACUGUGCAGCUACGCAACGCCCGCGGGCCGGUGUCCCUACACCAGGGUAACCUUGACGAGAGACGGAAACCGCUAUCCGUCUCGAUUCUGCAAGCUUCAUUGCUGCAAGAAGAUUGAUCAUAACGCUGCGUGUUUGAACAUGAGGACUAACAACAGGGGAUACUGUCAACAACAUCUCUUGUGCCAAGGCACGAUGAACGAUGCUAGAUGCAACAACUACAUCAAGGACUACGACCCCAAAGAGUUUAGGUACUGUUCACAGUAUCACAACUGCAUCCAACAAGGCUGCGCAAACCAACGCAACCACCCAAACGGCACCGACUACAGAUACUGUCCAGACCACCGCUGCGACCACCAAGACUGCACAAACCCGAAAUCCCCUCCGUCCUCCUUCUGCGCCUCCCACACCUGCGCCGCCCCCUCCUGUCUAGCCCGCUGCCCCGGCGCGACAGGCGACGCCCACGACCCCUCCCGCCACUGCGACCGCCACCGCAUGUGCGCCACGCCCGGCUGCCGGCGCUUCGCCCACGUAAACGAGCACGGCGUCCCCUCGGCCCACUGCGGCGAGCACCACUGCCGGUUCGAGCAGCAGCCGCCGUGCGGCAACGCGAGGGCGGCGGGCGCCGGUGACGGUACGUGCGUGGCGCAUACCUGCGAGGAGAGGGGCUGCGGGAGGAUCAAGACGAGAGCAGGCUGCGACGCCCGCGUCGUCGAAGGAGGGACCCUCUGCCUAGACCACACCUGCCGAGACCGAAGCUGCCAAAACGAGCGCUCGGCCUUGGGCCGUUACUGUACCGAUCACAAGUGCUCCGUCCAGGGCUGCCAGCAGCUCCGCGAGACGGUCGUGCUGUCGCAGACGAUGAUGAUGCUGGGCGUGCUGAGCCUCAACCUGCCGCUGUCGCCGUACUGCCGGGCCCACGUGUGCGGACAGGAAGGGUGCGCGGAGCCGGCUGCGGGCGGCGUGAAUGGGGGUGGUUCGCGGUAUUGUCUUGCGCAUGCGAGGUGUCGGAGGCCUGGGUGUGGGAAUGGUGUUGAGGUGAGAGGGCGGGAUGGGAGUUUGUGUGAGCAGCAUAAUCGGCUUGGGGGCGGGUGGAUGGGGAGGAGGGGGAUGUUGGAUCCCGAUGCGUAUGGAUGGGGUGGUGGUGGUGGUGGUGGUGGUGGCGGCGGAGGAGGAGGAGGCGGUGGUGGGCAGCAUUGGCCUGGGUUUGGACCUUGGGGUGUGAAUGCCACUAUUUAG